GUUUGUUAGUUAAAACCCUAAAAAAAAAUACAUAAAACCCUAAACCCUUUCGCUGCGACUUGGCGGUUCUUCCAGCAGCCUCUCCACUCACUCUCUCUCUCAACUUCACCAGUAGAAUACCGAUGGAGGACCUGCUCGCUACCGCUGAGAAAAAGGCCCUUGUUGAGAUUGUGAAGUUGGUCCAGAAAAGAGGAUUCAAGGGCAGUAAAGGAGAGUGGAAAGAGUUUUUGAGUGGUUAUGAUAAAAAGUUUGGGGCUAAAUUGAGUGACCCGGCAAAGAGGUCUAAUGAAGUUUUGGUUUCUUUUUUGAAGACAUUUGAUGACGAGGAGCAUUUGAAGUACGUGACUCAACUAAUUCAAUCUUAUUCAAAGCGCAACUUAGUUCAGAAGUUUACAAGAGCUCCAGAUAAUGAGUCACCUGAGCAGAUGCUGGUUCGCUUAACUCUUGAACACCCCCAAUACCCAUUAGAGUAUUCGUUCCCUUCAAAGGAUCAGGGUUGGAUUGUUACCAAGCUUGGGAAAAUGUCCAACGUGAUGAGUUCAGAAAACAUUCUUGCUGUUGACUGUGAGAUGGUUCUGUGCGUAGAUGGAACUGAAGCAGCGGUGAGGGUGUGUGUAGUGGAUCGCAAUUUACAGGUCAAAUUGAAUGAACUUGUAAAUCCUAAGAAAGAAGUUGCAGAUUAUAGAACUGAAAUUACAGGAAUUACUGCAGCUGAUCUGGAGGGAGUUACAUGCACAUUGGCGGAUGUACAGAAAUCAAUGAUGAAGAUAUUAUCAAGUGGAAAUAUUUUAGCAGGCCACAGCUUAAGUAACGAUCUCAAUGUAUUGAAGAUAGACCAUGCAUGGGUGAUUGAUACCUCUUACAUAUUCAGAUAUUCAGAGGGACCCAUCAGUAGAAGACCUUCUUUGAAUAAUUUGUGCAAGUCUUUGUUGGGCUAUGAAGUGCGGAAGGCGGGUUCUCCACAUAAUUGUUUGGAUGAUGCUUGUGCUGCCAUGAAGCUUGUUCUUGCUAGGAUAGAGCAAAAAGCAAGCGAUACUAUUCCCUACAAAGAAGUGAAUGUUGUGCCUGAAAUUGAAAUGCCGAAACUACUACUUCACAGGAUUCCAUCACAUGUACCUAGUGAAGAAUUACUUAAGGUUAUUCCUGGGGACUUCACAAUUGAAACUAAGUCAAAUAGGAGAAUUAAAGGAGAUAAGUACACUGCCUUUGCUUUCUUUAAAAAUUUACAAGAAGCAGAGGAAGCAUAUGAAAAAGUGGAAGGCAGCAUCUUGAAGGAUACGUUGGGACGGCCGCAGAAACUCAUCACAUGCAAACUCAGCACAGGUGAAACUUAUAGUCUGUGUGUUCGUAGUACGGGUCGCGGUGAUUGCUUUGAUGGGGACUUGUCUAAGAAGAGAGCUGUUGAAGUACAGGAGACCUCAAAAGUAUCAAAAAAAUUGAAAUCAGAUGAGAAGAUUGAAGAGGAGACACCGGCAGAGGAUAAGGGAUCGAAGCAAAAACUUAAAAGUAAAAAGGUAUCCAAGCACAAAAAGAACAAGAAAGGAAAAAAGAAACGAGCUUAGGCGUUGCCUGUACUACUACCAGAUUCAUCUGACUUCUUGGAAAAAUCCUUUAAAUCUGGAAGGGUUUUUCUUGGAUUGCAUUCCCCAACGAAAUGAAUUCAAAAGGUUUCCCAUCCUCUGUCUGAAAUCCAGAAAAAUGGUGAGGCAGUAUUAAAUUUUGCUCAAGUGACCAAGGUUCGACUGACUGCUUAGAGAAAAGACAGAAAGUAAAGAGAGAGGUACAUGUUUUUUAUUUAUUUAUUUAUGUUUAUGUUGAAUCACUAGAUACCAAAAUAUUAAAGUUUGUAUGAGGUUUGGUUAUUAUUUUGCCAUUUUUGUCUGUCUGUCUGUCUUUUUUUUGGGGGGAUAAGCUCAAUUUAUUUUUACAUCAACUUGUAACAUUUACUGUAAUAUUAGAAACAUAAUUAAGUCAAUUUUUGUUGGACUCUGCUUGAAUUUUUUCAUCAAACUGUAACAUUUACUGUAAUAUUAGAAAAAUAAUUAAGUCAUUUUUUGUUGGA